UAAUAUAGUUUCCUUACUUUUUACUAUAUUUGCACCCCUUACCUUUUCAUCUAAACAAUAAUUUACCCAUCUACUUACAUGUGAGUUACAUCCUCCAUCAAUUUGUACCCCUCUUCAAUUUUCCCAUCAACUUGCACCCCCUUGUUGUCAGUCGGAGCACUUCCAUUCUAUUAUUAUUAUUAUUAUUAUUAUUAUUAUUAUUAUUAUUAUUAUAUCUUUAAAAGAACAAGAAAACUUUUACGAUUCCUUAAUGUCACAUCAAAUUAUGUGUGUUCUUUUUUAAUUAACCAUAGUUGAAGAGCUAAUGAGUGCUCUUUUGAAAUUAGCCAUUUAAGGACUUUUUUUUAACUUUUACUUCUCCUUUUCCAACGCCCCCACCCACCCAUAAGUACAAGUUUAUAUCUCUAAUCUCCCACUCUUCUCAAAGCUUCUAUGUCUCUUUCUUGCUCAAAGAAGAACAGGAAGAAGAAAAAAAACUAUUCGCAUAUCACUUAUUCAUUCAUUCUCCCUCCCUCAUCUCUCCACACCCACCAUCUCUUUCUCCUUCUCACUUUGGGGUCGUUUGCUUGUUGGAUUUGGGUCAUGGAUUUGGUACCCAAAUCCCAAGCUUGAUGGAUUUAACAUAAGUCCAUUGUUUGUUGAAAACUGCUAAAUCCGUGGGGUCCACGGAUUUGGUCUUUAUUUUGGAACCAAAUCCGUGGACCCCACGGACUUGUAAAUCCCACAUAUUGAUUUGGGAUUUGCAAAUCCUUGAUGAUUAGUUAUUUAUUUAACAAAUCCUUGAUGGUUAGUUAUUUAUUUAACAAAUCCAUCAUCAAAUCUAUCAUGCAAACAUUAGACUCUUCAAAUCCAUAAUCCAAUAAAUCCAACAUAAAUCCCAAAGUUUUUAUUGGCCAAAACCCUCAUUUUUCAAACAUCAGAAGUACCUCGAUUGAGUCUAUGUAAGUUAGGGGCUUUUGAGUUAUUGCAGACAGCACAAAGAAGCGGAAAAGAGCGGGAAGUUUAGUCAUGUCCUAAAAGAGAAGGAAGCUAUUGCCUUUCAACCCAAGUGAGGACCUUGUUUCAGAAAAGAGGUCUACCACAUGUGCAUAUAUUAUUAUGGUUGGAUGCAAAAAAUAAACUUCAUACGUCUUCAGAUGUUGAUGCUACAAUAUCUACUGAAUUGCCCGAUCUAGAACUUGAUCCUCUUGGUUAUGAGGCUGUGACAAAAUUUAUGCUCCAUGGGCCAUGUGGUGAUGAUAAUCCUGCUAAUGUGUGUAUGAAGAAUGGAUCAUGUUCUAAGUAUUUUUCUAGAUCAUUCAACUCCGAAACAACAACGGAUCAAUUUGGUUACACGGUUUAUAAGAGGCGUGAUACUGGCAUAACAGCGACAAUAGGGACAACAACACUUGAUAAUAGGUAUGUAGUUCCCUAUAAUAGAAAUUUGCUGGUGCUUUUCCAAGCUCAUAUAAAUGUUGAAGUUUGUCAUCAAGGACGAUUGAUCAAGUAUCUUUUCAAAUAUAUUACUAAAGGGCCAGACCGUUCUAUGGUUGUUGCUGAGGCUGUUCCGAACUCUUCUGUUGCAUCUGAUGUACCAAUCCAACGACCACCUCUAGAUGAAAUUAAACAGUUCCUCGAUUGUCGGAGUUUAUCAUCAUAUGAGGCUGCAUGGCGACUUUUUGAGUUUCCUAUUCAUGAAAGGACGCCAGCAGUGCAACGCUUAUGUGUACAUCUUGAAGGGAGGCAUCAAGUUCCUUAUAGAAAGAAACAGUGGUUGUCACGUAUUCUUGCACGUGAUGCUGUCUCAGAGACUACCCUUACACAAUGGUUUGCUCUUAAUCAACGAGAUCCAGAAGCUCGAAGUUUACUGUAUUCUGAAAUUCCAAAUAAAUGUCUGGAAUUUGAAGGAAAAGAUAUGGUGUCGGAGGAAAAGGGGUUUUGCAAUUGGCCGAGUUGUCUAUAUUCAUCCAGGAUGUGGAGAUUUUUAUCUUAGACAGAUCCUGAUGAAAGUUCGUGGAGCAGUCAGUUACGUUGAUCUUCGGACAAUUAAUGGUUUCUUAUGUCGGACAUAUCAAGCUGCUUGCCAACAUUUAGGGUUGUUGUCGAAUGAUGAUGAAUGGCUGCUUGUGAUAAAGGAAGUGAGCCAAUGGGGGAUGUGUAGCCUUCUGAGGUAUCUCUUUGUUACAAUGUUAAUGUUUUGUGAGUUAUCUGAUCCAUUAAGUCUAUUCAACAAAACAUGGGAAUUGCUUUCAGAUGAUAUUACAUAUCAAUGUCAACGUGAUGUCAACUUCAACAAUCAUUUGAUUCCUGCAGAAUUGCCAAAAAAAUAAAUUGUUAUUGGAGUUGCAACAUAUGUUAGAUGGCUAUUCUGCAACGCUUUCACAGUUUAAUUUGCCUCUUCCGACAGUUGUAUCGCUCCCAGAAGAUCUUCGUUUGUGUUAUGAUAAUGAUCUGCAGCCAUUCGUGACAUAAUCUUCUUCUUUGUCACUUCCUCUCCUAACUGAUUUGAAUACAGAACAGGAGGUUGCUUUCCAUGCUGUCAUUGAUUCGAUUAAUUCGGUGGAGGUGGAUAAGCAUAAUUUUUUUUUCCUACAUGGCCAUGGAGGAACUGGUAAAACGUUUCUAUAUAGAGUAAUGCUUGCACACCUUAAAGAACUUGGAAAGAUUGUUCUUGUGGUUGCUUCUUCAGGAAUUGCUACAACAUUACUUCCAUAUGCAAGUACAGCUCAUUCAAAGUUCAAGAUCCCACUUGAGAUUGACUAUCGAUCAUCAUGUAAUAUAAGGAAAGGUACUCUACUUGCUCAAUUGAUUGCUGAUGCAUCUCUUAUAGUAUGGGAUGAGGCGCCCAUGGUGCAUCGUUUGUGUUUUGAGGCUGUCGAUAGAGCCUUUUGUGAUAUUAUGAACGUUCCUUUCAGUGGUGUACUCUAUAAGCCGUUUGGAGGUAAAACAGUCCUAUUAGGUGGUGAUUUUCGACAAACAUUGCCAAUUGUUGCAGAUGCUGGAAGAGAAGAGACUGUUGAUGCAUCGUUAACUCGGUCUUACUUAUGGAAUUACUGUUUUGUCUUACAUUUUACUAAAAACAUGCGUGUCAUGUCUUCAUCUGCAAAUCGACAUACAGCUUUCCAUAGAAUGAACUUCAAUGAUUGGACUUUAGCUGUUGGUAAUGGAAGUAUAUUGGGGAAAUCAUUUGGAGAAAACUAGCCAGCGGAUUGGAUUGAAAUACCUGCUUCUUUUUUUAUUGAAUCCACAAGAAUGCCUAUUCAGAAGAUUGCAUCUGAGAUGUAUACUGACUUUGUAGAGCAUUUUCAUAAUGCUUCAUAUCUCACGGAAAGAUCUAUUGUUACACCGAGAAACCAGGAUGUAACAGAGAUCAAUACUCACAUGCUCUCUUUAAUUCCAGGAACUUCACGGAGUUAUUUCAGCAGUGAUACAUUGGAGACUGAUGCAAGCAAUCCAGCUCUUCUUGAAGCCGAAUAUCCUACAGAGUUUCUUAAUGGAUUAUCUUUUAAUGGAUACCCUGAUCAUCAAAUUGAUCUGAAAGUUUUUACUCCAAUAAUGCUACUGAGAAACUUAAAUCCAUGUAUUGGUCUCUGUAAUGGUACAAGGUUGGUGAUUGUCUAUCUGGGACAUUAUGUCAUAAAAGGAAAGAUUAUGAGGGGUACAUUUGAUGGUAAAACUGUUGCAAUUCCUAGAGUGGUCUUGAAUAUCAAUGAUUCGUGCUGGCAUUUCAUACUUAAACGACGACAGUUUCCAAUACGCCUUUGUUAUGCAAUGACAAUAAACAAAAGCCAGAGGCAAACUCUCCAUAGUGUUGGUGUAUAUCUACCUAGGCCUGUGUUCAGUCAUGGUCAGCUUUAUGUGGCUGUAUCGCGAGUUAGAGCAGCUACUGGAUUACGCUUCUUGAUUGUUAAUGAAAAAGGCAUUCCAGCAAAUUAUACUCGCAAUAUUGUUUAUCAUGAAGCAUUUUUAGGUUUUGAAAAUGUUAGUGGCAUUGAUUUUGCUACUGCAAGAUGGUAUAUUCUCUUUUAUAUUUUCUUUUUUGCUGUUGUUGUUGUUGUCUCUUUUAGGUGGUAAUCAAGUUGGUUGAUUAUAUGUAUUUAUCUAUAUGAUAAUUACAGAUUUGCAGAUGGAUCUUUUUCAGAAUUCUCGGUGGAUCCAGAUGUGAUUCUUAUUCAAUCAUAUAAUAAAUAAAGUGAGCAUAAUCUAUGGUGUCCAUUUUUUUAAAUUAUAUUAGAAUACUAUUGUUCCAGUUUGGUAUUCUAAUAUGAUAUAAGUUUCGUCUUUUCUGCAGAUAUAUCUACAUGUGGGCAUUAAUUCUUAUGCACUGCUAUGGAGUUUGAUUUCUUUUCCAGAUGAAAAGCUUCUUAAUGGGAUUUGGUGCUUGCAUAAUUAGCUAGAUAUUGAUAAUAUCCUUAUUAUAACUAUGACAUCUAGACAAUCUUUUGUUGUAUAUUAAUUAAUUAAUAUAUGUUAUUAUUAUAUAUAACUCUAUUUGAAUCACUUAGGUUAUUUGUGAUUUGAUUAUGCUCAUAUCAUAAAUAGGAGGUCUAUUUAUCUUUCUUCGGUAUUUAUAUCAUUAUUAUCUAUAAAGGAUUUUAUAUGUAUGCCUUUAUGAAUGGAAAGAUAUAACUAUUUAUAUAGAUUAUUUAGGCCACCUAAGGUAUCAUUUGUCUGUCAUUUGUCUGUUCUUGGUCUAUUAUGAUUGCCACUUAGUAAUAUUAGUUUACAAAAGCAAUAGUUGUACUUUGCAUGGUCUCCAGCUGUCUCCUUUUUAGAACUCAUUUGUAAUCUUUCUCAAGUGUUCUAGAUAAGCCAUUUAAACUUGAGGAUUCAGAAGUGAGUCUUAUCCUAAAUCUACAUUACGUUAUUUGCGUGUGGUUUGUAACUAUUCCCAGCGACACUUGAAUGGCCCUCUUCUUCUCUUUUAAUUUCUCGACAGUACUCAUUCCAGCUGUAGAUCUUUGAGGUGAUGCUUCUCAUUUACUUACUUUAGAUAUUAUGUGUAUCGGUUGAUGAUUCUCGACAGUUCUUUUAUAUUCUAUUAGUAUUCGAUUCGUCUUAGUUAGUGAUUCCGCGUGCUUUACGCAAUCGAUUGGAUCAUAUAGAUAUCCCUUCAACACAACAUACGUCAUCGAAAGGAUCUAAGCGUCGUAGUGCCUGGUACUCGAAUAUUGGCUCGAGCAUUUUCUCUACUCCUUCUUACCCUAAAAAAAUAGGAACACUGUGCGUCCUUGAACCAAUAACCAUCUUUCGGCUAACCUAGCCUCCAUGAUUUGGUUUUGUUUCAUCAUUUCUCUUUAUAUAUCUUUGCAGUCAGUUCUAUUAGAUAGAGGUCGGAAUUGUCUUGAAAAGGAAUGAGAAAUAAGAAUAAUUCACGUAUAGUAGAUCAAACUUCUGUUUGUUUUUAGUUUGCUACCUAUGUAUAAUUAUUCAGUAAGAUUUUAUAUUCUUUAUUAUCUAUGUGCGUGAGAUUUAAUUUUCAUUAUUUCUUUCAGGUCUACUUAAACUCUUUUUGCUGACCAAUAGUAUUUGUAGCUCAGAAUGUCCAGAAAUUACUCACUUCCUGAUUCUCCAGAUGGUAAGAAAGUAUCAAUUUGUUGAUAUUUAUUAGAAAGUAACUUUUAUGAAUAUGUUAUCUUAAUUUUUAAAUCAUGGUUAUUUUUUUCUUGCUUUCAGAUCCAAUUGUCACAUCCUUAGUAAUUAGAGAUCUUGAAGGGGAAUGCAUAACUGGGCAUAUUAUGCUUCGACUUAUUCAUAUAUGGUAUUCUGAUGAAUAUAUAGGAACUGAAACAAGUCAAUUUAUGUAUACACUAUGGAUUGACAAAGAGGUUUGUAUAUGCAUCUAUGUUGUCUUAAUUGUUUCAUAUCUUAUCUUAUCUCUUAAACAAUAUUUAUUAUUUUCUUUGCUUUACAGGAAAAAUAUGGUGGAAGGAGUAACAACUGAAGAAGAUAUUAGUUAUAUGCAGACUUAUUUGAGAGUAAGGAACCUAUAUAAAAUCAAAGAUGUACGUCUAAAAAAAGCAAGGAGAAUUCAUCGUACAGCACCAGGAGAUGUUCGUAUAUACAUUUGUCGAACAUGAAAGUUUGAUGUAGUAUAUGAAGAUCGAUUUAGGAAAUGAUUCCCCAUUGAUAGUUUUAAAAAUGAUGAAUUCGAGGAUCUUCGGAGUAUGGUUGUGAAUCCGACGCAUCUUGCAGGUAAUUAUGUAUUUAGUAUAUAUUUGAAAUUAUAUUUCUUUUAUAUUAAUUAUUUUUUUCCUCUUUGUAGAUCUUACAGGUCGUGUCCAUAGCACGACCAAUGCAUAAUGAUGAUGGCACAAUGCUUGUGAUUGUAAAAAUAGAAAACAUAGGUAAUUUAUUACUAUACAUAUCCUAUAUAUUGAACUAUGUUAUGUAAGAAUUAAUACUUCUUUGUGUGAUUAGGAAUGCAACCGUUGCUAUCAAUUGGAUCACUACCGUGAAUGAUUUCUAUUCCUGGGCUGAAACUCAAGAAAUGAUGUAUCCAGUGGUCGUUACAUUCACGAGUAUCUUAGUUUAUGAGUCUGAACCGAACUGUAAGAAACUAUACUUAUGUUA